AUGUACGUUGAUGGAUUCACCCUUUUCCUUGUCUUUGUCCGUCAUCUAUAUUGGUUUCUUUGGAGCGUGCUCCUUAUGUGUUGUAAUCCAAAGAUGGCUGUUGCGACGUUCCAAAACGCGGUUGGUGCCAUCCAUUGUUGUCAGCGAUACGACGGUGGUGGCUCCGCAGCAAAAUCGCUCUCCGUGAGCUUCUCUGGUCGAUUAGUUUCGAAAGGCUUCGUCGGCGAAAGUGGCUUGCUGAUGGAAGUAAGCGACUCCGUUGCUUUCCGAGGAAGGAAAUUUGGGGCGGUUCGUGCAAUGAAUCCUCAAACGCCGGUCGCCAGUCCGGUUUCGGUUCCUUCGAAGAAUCCCAAUGAUCAGAGGAAGAAAUCAAAUGAAACUGCGCUGAUUUUGAUUCGUCAUGGAGAGUCAUUGUGGAAUGAGAAAAAUCUUUUUACUGGCUGUGUCGAUGUUCCACUUACUCAGAAGGGAGUUGAAGAGGCGAUUGAAGCUGGGAAAAGAAUUAGCAAUAUCCCGGUUGACAUGAUCUUUACAUCUUCGUUGAUCCGUGCUCAAAUGACUGCGAUGCUUGCCAUGACCCAGCAUCGUCGCAAGAAGGUUCCUAUUAUCUUGCACAAUGAGAGUGAGCAGGCUAAAGCAUGGAGUCAGAUAUUCAGUGAAGAAACCAAGAAACAAUCCAUUCCCGUGGUAGCUGCUUGGCAGUUAAAUGAACGAAUGUAUGGAGAACUACAGGGUCUCAACAAGCAGGAAACUGCUGACCGGUUUGGCAAGGAGCAAGUACAUGAAUGGCGUCGUAGUUAUGACAUCCCUCCCCCUAAUGGAGAGAGUCUGGAAAUGUGUGCUGAAAGGGCAGUUGCAUAUUUCAGAGAAAACAUUGAACCCCAAUUACAGGCUGGAAAGCAUGUCAUGAUUGCAGCUCAUGGAAACUCUUUAAGAUCAAUAAUUAUGUAUCUGGACAAAUUAACUUCUCAAGAGGUGAUAAGCUUGGAGCUUUCAACUGGUAUUCCCAUGUUAUACAUAUUUAAAGAAGGAAGAUUCAUCCGAAGGGGGUCCCCAGUGGCACCAUCUGAAGCUGGUGUUUAUGCUUACACUAAGAACUUGGCUCUCUACAGGCAAAAGCUAGACGAAAUGUUAAACUGAUACAACAGCGGUACCGUCUUUUGAAGGUCGUCAUCCUCUAAAGCAGCCCCUCCUAGCUCCUGUUAUUUUGUAUUGUGGGGCAUUACUAUUGUAUGUACGUGUUAAACGGGGGUUUUGUCAAAAGAACUAUGAAGCCCCUAUUUUAGCGAUUCUAUUAUACCCCUAAAUGUGGGUCUUUCCUAUUUUCUAUUUUCUUUUUCUUCUCUGUGAUACACUGUUUUCUGCUGUGUACAACAGAUUAUUCUUUGUUUAGUUUUGAGUUAUUCCUAGGCGAUUAAUAUAGUUACCUUUCAGUUUGUCA